AUGUUCCCAAAUGUCGACAGACAAUACAAGGGAAUUCUCCAGUUACUCUUGCAUUUCCAGUGGACAUGGAUUGGGGUAUUGUAUGAUGAUGACAACGGAGAGAAGUUUGUCCAGAAUGUAGUUCCCUUGUUUUCCCAGAGAGGUAUCUGCUUUGAUUUCAUUGAAAGAUUUCCAGCAAUCACUUCUGUUGAUAACAUUGAUAAGAUGGUAACGGAAGGAUUUAAAACAUAUAGUGUUGUAACUGAAAGCACUGCUAAUGUAUCUGUUAUUUAUGGUGAAGUUGAGACUAUGAUAUUUAUAAGAAUGUUUCCCACCAUAUCAAAAUAUGAGAAUGUUGCAGAUAUAGCAGUAGAUAAAGUCUGGGUUCUGACAGCUCAGAUGGAGUUCACAUCACUUCCCUUUCAAAAGAACGAGAAUAUAGACUUCCUCCAUGGUGUUCUGAACUUUGCAGUCCAUUCAAAGGAGAUAUUAGGAUUCAAGGAAUUUCUUCAUAUGAGAAAACCUAUCUUGGAAAAAGAAGACAGAGAUGGUUUUAUUUGGGCCUUCUGGGAGGAAGCAUUUGAAUGUUUGUUCACUGGAUCCAUGUUGGACAGGCACGCAAGAGUCACCUGCACUGGUGUGGAGAAGCUGGAAACUCUUCUUUCAUCCAUUUUUGAAACAGGCAUGACUGCCCAUAGCUACAGCAUCUAUAAUUCAGUCUAUGCUAUGGCACAUGCUUUAUAUGCCAUGCUUUCCUUGAAAGUGAAGAGGACAGCACGUGUCCAUGAAGCAAGACAAAUCCUUCUGGAACAUCAUCUCUGGGAGCUCAACUAUUUUGUGAGAAACGUCUCAUUUAAUAACAGUGCUGGGGAAACAGUUUACUUCAAUCCAAAUGGAGAACUGGAAACUGGAUUUGAUAUUAUUAAUUGGAUUAUAUUCCCUAACCAAUCCUUCCUUAGAGUCAAAGUUGGAGAGAUACAACCCCUGUCUUCCACAGAAGAAAUGUUCACUAUUUCAGAGGAAGUCAUAAUUUGGCCAAACAUGUUUAACCAGACACAGCCCCUUUCUCUUUGCAAUGCCAAGUGCCAUUCAGGCUAUAGAAAGGCCAAGGAAGAAGGAAAGCCAUUUUGCUGUUAUCAUUGCCUCCUUUGUCCAGAAGGGAAGAUUUCUAGCCACAAGGACAUGGAUGAGUGCUUUUAUUGUCCACAAGAUCAUUACCCAAAUGAGGAGCAAGAUUUUUGCAUUCCAAAAUAUGUAACAUUUUUGUCCUAUGAAGAAACUCUGGGGAUCAUCUUCACCAGUUUUAUUCUUUCUUUUUCCCUCAUUACUAUUUUGCUGCUCUGGCUCUUCAUUAAACACAAUGACACCCCUCUUGUGAAAGCCAACAAUAAGACCCUCACCUACAUCCUUCUCACCUCCCUCCUGCUCUCAUUUCUUUGUGCUUUGCUGUUUAUUGGCCAGCCUUAUCAAUGGACAUGCCUUCUUCAGCAAGUUACUUUUGACCUCAUCUUCUCCGUGGCAGUUUCAAGCAUUUUGGCAAAGACUAUCAUCCUAAUUCUAGCUUUCAUGGCUACCAAGCCAGGCUCCAGAAUGAGAAAAUGGGUGGGAAAGAGACUGGCCAUUUCUAUUGUUCUUUCUUGUUCCUUUAUUCAAACCAGUAUUUGUAUUGUAUGGCUAUCAACCUCUCCCCCAUUCCUAUGUGUUGACAUGUAUUCCAUGCCAAAGGAAAUUGUAUUGAUAUGUAAUGAAGGGUCAACAAUCAUGUUCUACUGUGCCCUUGGUUUUAUGGGGACCUUGGCAAUUAUCAGUUUCACUGUUGCCUUCCUAGUGAGAAAGUUACCUGACACUUUCAAUGAAGCCAAGUUCAUCACCUUCAGCAUGCUGGUAUUUAGCAGUGUUUGGCUCACUUUUGUUCCAACAUACUUGACCACAAAAGGGAAAUAUAUGGUGGCCAUGGAGAUCUUCUCUAUUUUGUCCUCCAGUGGUGGGCUACUGGCUUGCAUCUUCUUCCCCAAAUGUUAUAUUAUGAUAAUGAGACCUGAACUGAACAGUAAAGAACAGCUAAGAAGAAGAACAAUGGAGCAACUUAAAAUUCUCUGA